AUGGUUGGUGCUGUCACGACAGACCUCCGUCGAACCGACAUCGAAAAUCGCGAACCUCUGCUAAAGACCAGCGUCCUUGAUCUUUUCGACGAGCACGCGGAACGCAGUCCAAAUAGCAUCGCCGCUGAGUUCCAGGGCCAGACCGUCACUUACAACCAACUGCACAAUGCCUCCAUUAGAGUGGCUUUGGAAUUGCGCAAACGAGGCUUCCGUCCUCGAGAUCGCAUUCCUUUGAUUACGACGAUGAGCUUGGAGAUGCUCGCCUCAGUCUUGGGAAUCUUGCGGCUGGGUGCUUCUUAUUGUCCUAUAGACUUCAACGCUUGGAGUUUAGAACGAGUUAUCGCCACUUUGGAAGCUGUGGGCUCGCGCUUGGUACUGAGUACUGUGGAAACGACGAUCUCUGGCUAUGAGCUGGUUCGCAUGCCCGAAUUGUCGAGGCAUAUUGACUCUGUUGCAGAAGAGGGGGUCGAGGCACUCAAAUUCAUCAGAGGUGAUAUGAGACAAUCCGAUCUUAUUUACAUCAUCUUUACGUCUGGCACUACGGGAAGACCAAAGGGUGUGAUGGUCCCGCACAGCAGCGCUGUCCAUCUGGUGCAGCAAAAUUUCUCUGGGGCUAUGAGAGGAAGCCCGGGUGAGAAGGUCUUAUUGUUCUUCUCAGUCGCCUUUGAUGGAUGUGCAGGAGUUAUUUUCUCGACCAUUUGCCAUGGUGGAACUAUCGCGAUGGCUCAACCAUCCGACGUCAUCAACACAGCGUCUUCGUGUAGCACUCUCAUCUUGACACCUUCAAUGCUGGCCAGUUUGGAACCAACACCGGAAUUCGACCGUGUACAUAGCAUUUAUAUGGGAGGCGAAGCUCCUAACGAAACCCUGGUUAGAAUCUGGACCAGCCCGACAAGGAAAGUCUACAACUGCUAUGGACCUACUGAGUGUACUACGGCAGUCUCCACCGUGGAGAUGAUACCUGGAGGCCCCAUCGUUCUCGGACACCUUAUCUCAGAGGUUGAGAUUGUGCUGUUAGAUGAAAAUCUAGAACAUGAAGUCCCACAAGGAGAGAUCUGCAUUAGAGGGCCAUGCUUGGCGGUUGGAUAUCUCAACAUGGAGGCUCUGACACAAAAGAAGUUCUUCUUCAGAGAUGGCGUCCGUCAUUAUCGUACCGGAGACCUUGCUCGUCGCGAUGAGGAGGGUCUACAUUUCGUUGCUCGUGUUGACCGCAUAGUCAAGAAUCGCGGAUUUCUGAUCAACCUGGAAGCGGAAGUCGAACCUGCUCUUCGAAGCUUCUCUGGCGUUCAGAAAGCCGCAGCAUUUCUUCUGCAGAAGCAGCUGGUAGCGUUUGUGACGCCUUCUGAGGUACCGGUGGACAUUUUACGCGAGUAUCUUGUCCGAAAGUUUGAUGUGUUCAUCGUACCAGACCUCAUAUUCGCUAUCAACGACUUCACGUUGACGCCAAACGGCAAGGUUGACACAAGAGCCUUGCAAGCAAUGGUAAAAGAUCAAGUGAAUAAUCGACUACUGAGCUAUCCACGCACUGAAAAUGAUGCAUCCACUGCAUUGGACGUUGUUCUCCAAGCUUUCGCAGUUAUCUUCGAUCGACCAGUGAGCCAGAUACCGUCUACGGCAUCUUUCAGAUCGCUUGGCGGCCACUCCCUCACAGCUGUGAAACUUCAAUCUCACCUUCGUCGCGAAAACUUCAGUUUGGCUUUGAGCAAGAUUUUUGAGUUGGAUACUGCAGCAGCGAUAGCUCGAGCAGCAGUAUCCGCUGACCGUUUCGCAUCUGCUGACGUGAGCUCAUCAAUUACUACAUCACUCACGCCGCAUCAGCUCCAGCUCUUGGAAGAAACCGAAAUUGAUCCCUCGAGCAACUACGUUUUUUACUCCCUCACCAGAAACACUGCUAACAGUCCUGUUAACACCGAAAACCUGCGAAAGGCAUGGGAGAUCAUAUUUACCCGUCAUGCCAUCUACCGAACAAGAUUUGACAUGGACACCAAAGCCCAAACAGUUCAUACUGCAGCAGAUGUCUACUGGAGAGAGUUCAGCGCAGUCGACUACGAGAACAUGGAAACAGUGUCCCGGCGAGAGAGGGAGGCACUGUGGACAACACUACGUUCGCAAAAGUCCUCAACAUCCAUUUUGAAGCCCAAUUUCUGGAUCGUCGAUGUACCUGGAGAGGCCAUCCAGAUGAAUUGGCUUGUUCAUCACAGUUACACUGAUGCAUGGUCAUUCGGAAUAUUGUUGGAAGAGCUUGAACUUAUCAUUAACGGGAAUGCAGCCACACUUCCACCUGCACCAAGCUACGAUGUGGUUGCGCAAUACCUAAAUGGCGAAGCUAAGCGUCAGGCAAGAGUUAUCACCGAUUUCUGGAGCACUUACGCAGAGCCAUGGAAAGAAUUGAGACCAGUCCAAUUGCUAGAGCCCAGAGUGCCAAGUGACCAACCGUGGAACAGGUGGGAGUCCGAUAUCCCGCUGAAAAUGGACAGCCUUAUUACGUCUGCCCGUCAGCACGGCGUCUCUCUAGCGACAGUUGUCUACACUGCUUGGGCAUUAGUUCUCGCAGAUUACACAGAUUCCAAUACUGUGGGUAUGAAGAUCAGUGUCUCUGGACGAAAUAUUGAUCAUCCUGCUGUUGAGCGUGUAGUGGGAUCUCUCAAUGGCCGGUGUCCGCUCAUAUUCCAAACCAGGAAAGAUUCAACGAUUGGCGCGACACUGAGGUCGCUGCAGAGCACCUUGCUCCGCGUCAACGACUACCAGUGGACUUACCCACAAUUGAAAAGUUAUGUUAAACAGACAUUUGGCAACGAAGCAUACUGGUUCGAUUCUCAAAUUCUUGUUUUACUAGACAUGCCAGUUGACACAAGCAAAUGGCGCAUUUUCGAAGUGCAAAAGCCAACUGCUCCCAUCGAGCUUAAUUUCAUUCAAAGAGAAGAUACUUUCAAUAUGCGCUUGCGAUAUGAUGGCACUCGUUAUGCACAGAAUGAUAUGGAUGGCAUGGGCAAACGAUUCAUCGACCGGCUAAUCCAAUUGGUUGGUUCUCCUCUCGACGGUAGAAUGGCGGAUUUGGGCAACAUGACGCAAACUGAGGACGCUCUUUUGACAAAUUAA